AUGGGUUGUUCCGGCUCCAAGAGUGCCCUGUCAGCCAACAACUCGCAUGGGGCCUCGAUCGCUGCAGUCGAGUUAUCCAGUGCUCUUGGCGACACUUUUAGCGAGAUAAACCUCCAGGGCAACGUGAAAGAACAACUUCGGGAACUAUUGCAGCGGCUUGACCACGAGGCGUCAAAGUAUGUCAACUCAAAGGUUGACGAGGAUAAAUCACCAGAUUGGCAUCCCUCCCAAGCUGAGGUUCAGCUGAUAUCCGCAGCAUGGAAGUGUGCUCGCGGAACGUAUAAUCUCGGUGGAACCAUCGCAAAUACUAGUUACUGCACAUUUCGCCGUGAAGAAGCACUGCGAGGAUCCUAUGAUGGUACUGUCAAAGUCGUCACGUCAACUGUGGUUGAAAACCCCUCCGAGGAUGUCAGGGAAAGCGAUCUGCUGUCAGUUCUGGUACUUGCGAUACGUGGGAGUGCCAGUACGAUGGACCAUAUCGUCAAUGCCAAUUCUCGACCACGAUCCACCAGAGGGUUCAUUCAACGUGCUGAGGAUCUGGGAGCACAUUCUGGCUUUCUAAACAGUGCACAAGCCCUCGAUUCAAUCAUAAUUGCUAGGGUCAAUGACUAUAUACAAAAUUUUGACAGGGCCAAUGGUCAGAAACCACAUAUUCUGUUUACAGGACAUUCUGCCGGUGGCGCUGUAUCACAGAUACUUUAUCUUCAGUACAUAUCGAACCAAGCCUUUAAUGAAUCUGCAAAGUUCUCAUGUGUCACUUUCGGUGCGCCCCCAGCCGACAAACCUUACAUCCUUUCAUUGGUCGAAGUUGCUAGAAAUAUGCUCAAUCAACCUCGGAAAACGCUAUUACCUGAGCCUGAAACGAGCAGUGAGAUUAUUGACGCCUCUCUAAAAGCCACGCAAGACAAGGAGGCCGAAGUUUCCUCUCCCAAAAACGAGGAAUCGCAUGAUCAAGGCCCAAAGACCUGGCAAUUCUCUCAACCUCUCUACAAUCAUAUCGGGCCUAGUGUUGUUCUCUUGAUGCGAUCAGAAAACGAGAUGAAACUUAAAGCGGUUGAAGUCACGCCCGCAGAGUUUCAGAAAUUGCUGUUUUGCCGAACAUCCGUUCAUGGCAAGAGAAUCUACGAGCAGAGAGUUGAAGCACUAGAACAAGGACAUUUCAACGAUCGGUUAGGCUGGUAG